GGGAAAGUGCUGCUCUGCCACCUGUAGCCCCGUCGGCCUUGGCAGCCGCGGGCCUCGGCUUCCUUCCUCCGCUCGCCGCUCUCCUAGCCCCCGUCCCCAGUCCGGGGGCCUCAGCUGGCGCGCCCGGUGUAACCCUUCCCCUUGGAGCCCGCUCCCAGGAGCUGCACCCACGGACGCUUUCGGCGGCGACCCUGGGGCGCGCAGCUCGGGGUCCCGCCGUGGGGCCUGGGUUCUCUCUCAGGGGCUGCGCGCCCGGAGGGGCCCCACGGGAGGCGCUGGCCGAGUCCCCGGGAGCCCCUGCUGGGGGCGGGGCCGGGCCGGGCGGUUGAUCCCACCAGGGCCUGAAAUUCAGCCCUCGGCGCGGGGCGAGAGACGAGCAUGAACGCCGAGGAGGCGCCCGCCGCAGCAGCAUAACCUCUCUGAUGUCAGGAUCAUAUUUGAGAAGGAAGAACAAACAACAGCAAUCAUAAAUAGUGACUGGGAAGAAAACAAUGAAGAACCAAGGGAGAUUUGGAACACACUUUUACCCUGUGGACAUUUUGGAAGAUAACCCCGAAGUGGUUCAGGAAUCAUCUGUGGCUUACUAUUCUACAUUUGGGAUACAAGCUGGUACUUCUCCACAGUACUAUUCUCUUCCUACUGGCGAAAAGGUUAAACUUGAAGAUGCCUCUGUUUGCUUCCUUCCUAUGUACCGUGAUGAACCUAAAUAUAAAAUAUUGGUUUUGGUUAAUCCCCAGGACAGAAAGACAGUCUUAGCUGUUUAUCUGAACAAAUCCUGGUGGUCCAUAGAAGAGAUAAUGAAAACAUCUGAUUCUUCUAGAGAAGGUCUGAUACAGGUCCAGUCUUUUGGAGAAAGGAUUGUACUUUUUAUUCUUAACUACGUUAUUUUUGGAAAAUUGGAGAGAAAUUUGGAUGAUGAUAUGUUUUUUUUACCUCAUUCUGCUAAGGAGCAUGCAAAAAUUCUGUGGAGGAAUGGAGCCGCCAUUGCUUUUUAUACCACCAAGAUGAAAGGUAGCCUGUGUGGCAAGAGCUCCGGCGAGUGCUACAUGCUACCGGUGUUGGACACUGCAUUUGUCAGGAGAGAACACCGAAGAGAAGGUCUUGGGAUGAAAAUGCUGCUUGACUUUUGUCAGACUUUUGAGAAUGAAGAUGCCUUAGGGCUCAGCUGCCCUAUUUCUACGGCUAUGUACCAAGUUUGCCAUAAGUUCUUACUGGCCUAUCCAGAGGAACAGGAUCGACUGUGGGAGGUGGAGGCUCCAGGAGACUGGGGCCAGAGGGUGAACAUUUGGCUAAAGAUUCAACUUGAACCAAGACUUUCCUAUAGGAAAGUGACUCGUCGGGUAACUUCAGAGGAGGCAGAUAGCUGUCACAGAGAGAGAUUCCAAGAUGAUGAACCCAGACCAUCAGAUAAUGGAGAAAUGAACAAGGAUAGUCAGAAUAGAGAAGCAGCACAAAAAAUAACGGAGAAUAAAGAUUGCAUAAUGAUGAUGAAAGAAUUCACUCCACAGCCUCCUGAUAAAGAAAACUUGAAUCAAGAAAUCCAUGAUGUUCAGAAGAUUGCCAAGAGGAAAUCAAACAAAACAGAUGUAAUUGAAAAUAAGCCUGCUAAACAGGGCAGGCCCAGUUUCUGACUUCCUUAUUCUUGAAGGGAAGAGCCCUCGACUGGAAGUUAGAGACCUGGAUUCCAGUCCUAACAUUGUCACUAGCUAACAAUGUGACCAUAAGAGUUGCUUAAUUUUUCUGUUUUAGUUUUCUCAUUUAUAAAAACUGCCCUACCUACCUCACAGAAUUGUUAUGAGGAUCAAAUGAAUAAUACAUGUGAAAGUGCUUUGAAAUAAUAAAGCAGUUGUACCAAUACAAGGAAUAAUAUAGAAAAAUUAUUAUUCCAUUUAUCAAGAUGCCAUUACCAUUUUCUUCAGACCUAUCUUCAUCUUAAGAAAAUGCUGAAUAUCUCCAGCACUGAAACUUUAACUUUGCUUUUGCUUUUUCCUUUGGAGGAAAAAUAUAGAAAAGAAUCGAGUCCUUCUUUCCCUAUUGCUGCAGAACUAAUGUGAAGAAUUGCAUAGAAUGUCUAGAAGGAAGUAAUUGGGGGGUUUGUAGAUACUGCUGUAAGAUAUUUCUAUGGAAACAACAAUCCUUUUUCUUUAGAGCAAGAUGCUACAACAUGGAACCAGGAUCAGAUGACAGGGUAACCUUCUUUGCAAGAUGGAUAAUUGAUUUAAGUUUUUCUAUGUCUGGUCUCUGUGGAAAGGAAAAAAACAAGCUAAAGGUCUAUCUCCUUCAGCCUAUAUUUAAGUUUUAUCUUCUUUUGAGUGUAGAUUGUAUAUAGAACAGAGUUCUAUGUUCUUAAUGUCUUUUUUUGUAUAUUGCUGGUAUUAAAUAUUUUUUUUUCAUGCUGGUGGUAUUUAUUAUAAAUGUUAUAAGAUUAGUCAGACCCUAAAGGGAAGCCAAGAUUGUACUGAUUAUUUUUUGAAAAUAAAAAGGCUUUUCCCAGUCCUCAUGGUGGUAAGUAGUGAGCUGGAGAUAACCUAGUGUCCUUCUACCUAUGCAGCACUUCUCUGAAUGUCAGUUUAUUUAUUUGUAGAAUGAAGGGCUUUGCCUAGAUCAAUGUCCCUCAAAUUUAUCUGUCCAAGAAAUGGUUUGGAGAUUGAAAUAUACUAAUAUACCUGUACAUGCUUGACUUUAGGUCCCUAAGAUCAUAGGAAUUCUGGAGUAAAAUUAAAUCUAUGUUCCUUUCCCCCAAAAACGCCACAUGUGAAUGCAUAUUUUUAACAUGUGACUUAGUAUGUAACACUCUGAAGGGAAAAUACCACAAUCAGUGACCAGAACUCCUAUGAAGACUCUGUCGAUUGCUAGAGAUCUGUGUUGCAAUUUGGGGGGGAGGUGUUACAGGUAGGUAGUCUUUGAACUUUUUAAUAUGGUGCAGCGAAAAAAGUGCUAGAUUUGUAAUCAGAAUACAUGAAUUCAGAUCCUGGCCCUUUAUAAUUUUAGACAACUCAUUUCAAUUCUCUGGGAUUUAAUUUCCUCCCUUAUAGAGAUACUAUUUUGUUUGAACCUCACAACCAUCCUGUGAGGCUGAAAAGUUAUUAUUUUGCAGGUGAAGAAAUUGGAAAUUUGAUUUGCUGAUUUUUCCAAUCUCAGAUUACAGUGUCAGAUAGAGACAAGAUUGGCACUGAGAUCUCAUCUGACUCCAAACACAUUGCUGCCUCUACCAUUCUGUGCCACUAAGAUUGAUAGAUCAUUAGGAUUGCCCCAACUGGGUUUGGCACUUGCCAUUGCUAGAAUUCUCAUUGACCAAGGGAUCAAUAUUCCAAGAAAACAUUCUGCUUGUGAAACUUUGAGAUAGAUAUUGUUUAUAUUUCUUUCCCUCUGUUCUCCCUUGAAUAGAAGGAAGAAUUCAUUUGAAUAAUAAUAUUCCAGAAUCCAGAAAGAACACACUUUAGAGUCCUUCAAAUGAAAUUGUAAGCCAUCAAGUGCACUUAAAUUUGUAGGUAUAGAUGUCCUGUGAAUGUCACUUAAGACAUGGAUUCUAAUGUGAAAGGAAAAUUGUUUAUUGUAUGUACUGUACUAUUUGAAAAAACUAAUGGGUAGUGUUUUGUGUUUACAAGAAAAUGCACUGAUGUAUGUCUUAGGGGUUUGAUGAUGUUACGUUGCAAUAAAAGGUGUCUUCCCAAAGGAGAAGCAAUUGAUGUGUUGGCAGCAUUUAUUUGGGGCUAGGGAAAUCAAUGUCAUUCAGAUUUACAUGAUAAUAUUCCAGAGUUGAGCAAAAUCUCUGCUUGAGCACCAGCGUAUUCAAUUACAUGACAUGCUAAUACAGUAACUACAUUGCCAGUAACAGUGCAAUUCAGUAUUAAGAGUCAGUCAGUGGAUCAGUAAACAUUUAUU